UUUAAACUUUGGCACAGCUCGGACACUCGGAGAGAUCACCUGUUCACGGACACGCCCUGAUAUGGUCAACAUAGACUGACCACUUCCUCAAAAGCAUCUCUUCAGACUGUGUCCGCCCCCAGGAAGUGAUGUCACGCCACCAUCACCGCUUCGAGAGGGACUAUCGGGGUCCGUGGGAGCGCAGAGACAUUCGGCCCUCUGGCCUGCACAACGGGGGAGCCAAUCACAGCUGUGCCUCUGCUGUCGUCAAUGGCAACAACCGCCCGGGACUCCUGCCGCUCCCCGUCAUCCCCUCCCUCCUGCCCACCCCUGUCACUGCCCCAGCACCUACUACUACUACUACUACUACUACUACUACUACUACUAUCUCUGCCACUGCUACUUCUGCUACUACUAAGGUCUCGGGGCUGUCUCCAGGGGACAGUCAGGCUCCAGGGCUGCUCUUGGCUCCGGGGGUGAGGUGGGGACAGACGCCCAUAAACCAGCUCACGCCCUGGGACACAGACGAACCGCCCUCCAAACAGCACCGGGACAGCGAGCCCACAGGGACUGGUCCCACAUGGGCAGCCCCGGUUGCCGCGGUGAGCCAGCCCAGCCUCCUCCCCCACACCUACACCCUCCCACAGCCCCCCUCCUUCAACCACAGCGUCACCGCGCAGUCACCCAUCAUCGGAGUCACCCCCUCCAUCCAAGCACCCAUGCACCCGCAGCACCCGCUCAUGACCGCCCACUUCCAGUCUCCGCAGCAGCCGCCCUCUAUGGUCCUCAACCUGCCCACGCAACCGCCCUACCAACCGCCGGCCGUCACGCCGUCCCCGCUACAGGCCAACCACGUGGUCCAUCCCAACCAUCACCUCGGCAACGGACACCUCGGCAACGGUCACCUAGCGCACCCGCACCCGGGUCACGCCCCCCUGCUGCACCCGCCCUCGGCCCUGCCCCUGACCAACGGGCAGGCGCAGCUGGCAGAGGCGCAGGACGGAGCGAGCGGGCUGCAGAUGCUUCGCACGGUGGGCAUGGGGAAGUAUGAGUUCAGCGACCCUGGACAUCCCAAAGAAAUGUUGAAAGAAUUGAACCAGCAACGCAGAUCGAAAGAAUUUACAGACCUGAAAAUAAUUGUUGAAGGCAAAGAAUUUGAGGUCCACCAAAAUGUUCUAGCUUCCUGCAGUUUGUAUUUCAAGGACCUGGUGAAAAGGUCGUCGGGGGAGACGAGGAGAGGGGACACGCUGGAGCUGAACAUGAGCAACAUCACGGCGGAGGUGCUGGAGCAGCUUCUGGAGUUCGUGUACACCGGCUCCCUCGUCAUCGAUUCGGCCAACGCCAAAACUCUCCUGGAGGCCGCCAACAAGUUCCAGUUCAACACCUUCUGCAAAGUCUGCGUCUCAUUUUUAGAGAAGCAGCUCACGGCGGGGAACUGUCUGGGGGUUCUGGCCAUGGCGGAGGCCAUGAGCUGCACUGAGCUCCACAACAUGGCCAAAGCCUUCGCUCUGCAGAACUUUCCAGAGGUAGCUGGGCAGGAGGAGAUCUUGAGCGUGUCCAAAGAGGAUCUGGUGUCUUAUCUCUCCAACGACAGUCUGAACACAAAGGCCGAGGAGCUGGUCUACGAGACGGUCAUCAAGUGGAUCAAACAGGACUCCGCCGCCAGGGUUCAGUAUUUGUCGGAGCUGUUGGCAGUAGUGCGUCUCCCGUUCAUCCAUCCCUCGUACCUGCUCAACGUGGUGGACAACGAGGAGCUGAUCAAAUCGUCUGAGGCCUGCAGGGACCUGGUGAACGAAGCCAAGAGGUACCACAUGCUCCCCCACGCCAGGCAGGAGAUGCAGACGCCAAGGACCAAACCCAGGCUCUCAGCAGGUGUAGCGGAGGUGAUCGUCCUGGUGGGGGGGAGACAGACCAUCGGGAUGAACCAGAGAUCUCUCACCGCCGUGACCUGCUUCAACCCCCAGAACAGUAAAUGGUACCCUCUGGCCAGCCUGCCCUUCUACGACCGAGAGUUCUUUAGCGUCAUCUCGGCGGGGGACAACAUUUACCUGUCAGGUGGCACAGAGUCUGGGGUGAUGGUGUCUGAUGUGUGGUGCUACAUGUCUCUUCUGGAUAAUUGGAACCUGGUUUCUCGGAUGACGGUGGCGCGCUCUCGUCACAACAGCCUCGUGUACGAUGGAAAACUCUACACCAUCGGAGGCCUGGGAGUGUCCGGAAACCUGGACCAUGUGGAGAGAUACGACACCAUCACAAACCAGUGGGAGACGGUUUCUCCUCUGCCUAAGCCCGUGCACUCGGCUGCAGCCACGGUCUGCGGGGGAAAGAUCUUUGUGUUCGGAGGAGUGAACGAGGCCGGGCGCUCUGCUGGGGUCCUGCAGUCCUACGUGCCUCAGAGCAACGCAUGGAGCUUCAUCGAGUCGCCCAUGAUCGAUAACAAGUACGCCCCGGCUGUGAGUCUGAACGGUUUUAUUUUCAUCCUGGGGGGGGCGUACGCCAGAGCCACCACCAUCUACGACCCGGACAAAGGCAACAUCAAGGCGGGCCCCAACAUGAACCACUCCCGACAGUUCUGCAGCGCCGCGAUCCUCGACGGCAAAAUCUACGCCACCGGGGGCAUCGUGAGCAGCGAGGGUCCCGCUCUGGGCAACAUGGAGACCUUCGACCCCUGCACCAACCAAUGGACCCUGGUACAGUCCCUGCCCUGCCCGCUGUUCCGGCACGGCUGCGUGGUCAUCAAGAAGUACAUCCAGAGCGGGUGACCCAACUCGAGCGCCGCUUUCACCGACGAAAACUCUAAAAAAAAGAAAAGAAAAAAAAACUCUAACCAGGAACCACCAGCC